GCUCCUAUGUACUACUACAUACCUGUAUGUAGGUAUUUACCUAGCUGUCCGGGGAAGUUUAGCUGUUGGAAAGACCGAACGAGUUGUCCUAGGACCCUAGACAAUCCGUUGUUUGACACAUUUUUAUUUUCCUUUCUUUUAAAUCCCUCGACCUGACUUGAUUCUUACACUAGGUAUAAUAGACCUUUUCCUAGUUCACGACAGCUUACCGUCGCAGUCUUGAGGUUCGACGUCAUUGUUACCUAGAUAUAUCCUUAUCUUUAUCCUGAUCCCUUAGGUAUCCUUAUCCUACAGGAUUCUCUUGAGUUCUCUCUUUCGGUACCUUCGAUUGGGUUUUUAUACUUUGGUCCUACCGUGCUGGACAAAAUCACAUCAAAUUACAUCAUUUUCUCGACCUGUUGCGGCUUGAUCUCGAUCUGAGCUAUCUACCAACUAAUAACAAGAUGCGAUUCUCUACAACCUCAGCCAUUCUCAGCUUGCCGCUGUUAGCAGCUGCAGAUGUCCCUAACUACCGAGCUCAGUUUGAUAACUACUUGGGCCAGGCCCAGGCCGUUAUAGGCAAAUUCGCUUCUAAGAUUCCUCAUCCUAACAAACAUAAUCCUGCCGCUGCUGCCGAGGCUAAGGCUGGUGCCUUGAACCUGGAUAUUCUGUCUUUGGAUAACUGGAAGGAGACCCUUUAUGGACCCGUGAAGCCCGACAGCAAAACUCCGGUGGAGUGGUGGGUUCUGAUCACGGGUGGAAACAAGACUUGUUUCGGCCACUGUGGAAAGAUCGAGGCUGCGUUCAAUGAGACCGCUGGAAAAUGGGCUCUGACACCCGGGAAGCCUCAUACUGCUCUGCUCAACUGCGAGGACCAACCUGUUCUUUGCAACUCCUGGUCUGCCCCAGCCGGUGCGCUGUGGAUCUUCGAGAUGCUUCCGGAACCGGCACCUGUGAAUAUUUCGACGAAGCGGUUCAACAUGACAACUGUCACUUCCGAUGACUUUGUCGAGCUGCAGGAAAAUGGUUACAAGUCUGCCACUCACCUGCAUGACGGCUUCUUCCAUCCUUUCAACGGCCCUCUUGCCAAGAAUAGCCUUGCAGUUCCAGUUGGUUGGGUCCUCUGGGCCUUCAGCCUUCUUCCCAGCUGGGCGUUCAUGAUUCUUGUUUCCAUUUUCAGCAGGAGCAUGAUGAGCAACCGCCUAAACCAACAAAUGGAUGGCGGUCGACGACCUGCUGCCACUGGCCAAGCUGCUCCCCGAAGAUAAUGGUGAUGUAUAGCGGAAGCAUAUUGGACACUCGCUAUAAAACUGGCUGUGCUCAUAUCGGGGUGCGGCUCGAGGAGCUUGGCUAUAAGCAUUAUGUAUCAUUGGGUCGAGGUCACGUAGGUAGUGAUAGUAAUAAAUGGGAAUGUAUCAUGAGAUUCAUAUCUUGCGUUCACACACGUCCUGCAUGCGUUCAAGGCCAUCUAGAACCUCGUCUUUUAGUUUUGGGUUGACGAAUCGACCAUACCGAAGAUCGCUCAUGUUGCCAACAGCCUGCCUAAUAGACUCGAGGAGAGCAGCCUCCUCCUGCUCCAUUGCUUGUAACUCACGCUCC